AUGGCUACUCUGCUGUACAAAACCGUUGUUUCGCGAGAAGAGAAAAAGGCCGAGUGGUGCAGUUCUUGGCCCGUGAAGGAGUCGGAAGAGACAUCCAGUACAACGACAUACGUCUGUCUACAGCGAGAUUGCACGAGUAGAAUACGACAGAUUGUUUGCCGUGCUCGUACUUCUGUUGAUGCUGGCCUGAGUUCGGGAGGAAUGUCGGGUGACGGCAAGGAAGGCAGGGCACAAGCCGAGAUGCAGAUGAUUGAUAUAGAUGUAACAGAUCCAUCGCCCAGUCCAUCUCGUCUCAUCUCAUCUCAAACCCAUGGGAGAUACAAACGUGGCACACGGAACCUGUCGGUCCCAUGCAACGACGACGAAUACGACUACGACUACGACUACGACCACGACCAAGGCGACGACGACUCUCAAUCGACGCAUGAGUGUGAUAGGGACAGCAGUGUGCAGAGUGUACAUGACAGACGGAUGAUUCCAUCUUUAUGUGUCGCAGAUGUACCGCAGAUCCAUGCGAUUAUUUAUCAUCUAUGGAUUAUGAUUGUGACGAUGCCGGCCAGGUACAGCGGGAGGGCUGCGAGUGUAUGAGAUGGCGGCAUCAUCCAUCGUGCCGGGACGGAGUAAUAAUAAUACACAGGAUUCAUCGUGGCUUUUACAACUGUC